AUGGUUUGCGAAGACAUGGACGACCCCACCAAGAUGGCUUCCAGUCCCUCGCUCUCCAACCCAGCCUCCGAAUCCACCGCGCCGACAGCUCACGAAACCGUCUCCAAUUCAAGCAGCAACUACGGCGGCAUCGACCCGGAAGUCGAGGAGAACCUCUACAUUCUGCCUUACGUCUCUGACGAAGGCUUGCGUAGUGACGCUACCGACCGCCGGAAGACAAUCGGGUCGUCCCAGACAGACUACUACCCUCUCCCCGAUGGCUUCGAUGGCGUCGCACCUCCUGAUGUUAAUUGCUCGCCUGCUAACGGCGGCUGCCGACUCCUAUCACUCCCAUCCGAGCUUAUAGACGAGAUCCUCGCUUACCUACCUCCUUGCGAUCUGGCCAUUGUGUCCGGGACAUGUCGUACCCUCCAUGCUCAUGCUGCGUCCGACAUCCACUGGUACCAGAGAGUGCAAGCCAACGUGCCAGGAGUGAAACUCGAAACACCAUACCCAUGCAACACAUACCGCGAACUAUACGCCGCGCACGAUCCCAGAUGGUUUCUGCCCAAGUACAAGAUCUGGUUUUGCGAUCGCGACCUCAUGGGCAAGAUGAUCAUUGUGAGGUACGAUCCGCGGAGAGGCUGCAUCGAGGGAUACCAACUACUGGCCAUCAGCAAUCGCACGACGUACCAGCACUGGCCUGCCGAUACCAGUGUCAUGAUCCACGCCUUCGAACCCCGCGUCAAGCUGCAUCUGGACAAACCGGUCCUUCAGUUCCGCGUGUCUGACCGAGAAGAAUCUCCGCAAUUCUACGGCGCAAUGAAGAGUCUAUUUGCUCCCGAGGUGCCUAUGGUGAUAAAUGAUCGGUCUGAUGCCAUGUUUAGCAACUUCUUGAUGGCUCGGCCGCUUGACAGGACGACUGCCACGUCGAGGAUGGAAACGUCGUUCCCAUACGGAAACGUAUGGCCUCCCCCGGCCGUACCAGCCCGUCAUCGCGUCGCGGGUGUCGCCUCCGGGUUGGAUGCCGAUGAUCUGUCGCCCGCCGAUUUGCCAACCCGCCGAGUCGAAGCAUCAGACCAGGCCUUCCGCAUCCGGCAAUGGAUGGAGAUGGCGGGUGGUCCGGCACCGGGCAUGUUCGUCGGCGCCGGCCCGGUCGGACUGAUCCGAGCGAUUCAUGCCAACAUGGCAGGUGCGGGGCGAGGCAUGCCUGGUGUACACAUCGGAGAAGAAGUUGUCACGUACUCAACCCUGGACCCUGUGGUUUACACGCCGACACCUCUGAAGCCAUGGCGCGGUAUCUGGGUCGGUGACUACAGCGGCCAUGGCUGUGAAUUUCUGUUGAUCAACCAGCCAGACGAUGAGGAUGUUUCUGACGAGGACCUUGGCCUCGUGCGCGGCCCUCAUGAAUCUGAGGAAGAUUGGACCCGGCGAAGAACGGACGCGAGGGUGCAUCGCGGCCGUCUAGAGGCGAUCAAGCUUACUGGGGAUCCGAAUGUGCCGCGAGGAGAGUACACCUUUGUAGCAGAUGACCUCGGCGAGGCAGGCUUCGUGGGGCUGGCGCGAGAACCACCUUUCCAGGGCACGCGAGUUGUGAAGAGCAAAGGGCACGUGGCUGGGACAGGCUUCUUGGAAGAUCGGUACAUCGAGUCCCAACUCAUGCUCAUUUCUCACAACAGACUUGCCCAGUACUGGGUCACGUUUGGCCACAUCAGCUUUUUUGAAAGGGUUGACAUUGACGAGUUCAUAUCCCCAUGA